GUUUCAUCUUUCUUCACGUAUAAGUUGCUCAACUAUAACUACAAUAUUCACAUAGACCAAAUCUCUGGGCCUACCAACUCUUUAAACGUCAAUCAUGGCAACUCCAAUUUCAAACUCAGACCCAAUACCAUUAUUCCGACCUUCCAAAAAGCGCAAGAUUUAUAGACAGCGAAAUCAGGAUGAUGAGAAUGAGAUCAAACCCGAAAUCUCCACAAACGCGCCCGCGCCAACAGCAGCAGCUAUACCCACAGAACAAAGUUUAGAUGAACUCAUUGCUUCGAAUUCUAUUCCCAUCAAGAAAGAAGAGGAAGAUGGAGAAGCUGGAAUGGAAGAGACCCCCCUGAAUAUAUCAGAAAUUCUACGUCUGCGAAAACAACGAAAGAAAAUUGGAGGGGUGGAGUUCAAGGCCGAAUCUAAAAUUCGAGAUGGGAAUGACGAUGAGGAAAAUGGAGAUGCGCUGGUGAAAUAUGAAGACAAGGAUGCAGAGGAAACACAACCUGAAGGUGGACUUUCAAUGCGACGAUUUGCGCCGCAGAUGGGAGUAGUGGGAAGUGGUGUUGACAAACAUAUGAUGGCAUAUAUAGAAUCGAAACUCGGACAUACAUCUCAAUCCGUUGAUUCUCCAUUCACAAAUCCUCAAGCAGGAAUUCCAAAGAAUGAGAUUUCUACAACACAAUCUAAAGAAUCUCAAAGAGCACCUACUACAAUGGGUCAAAUUCUCGAAAUCGACCUGGGAGAAGAAUCGAGGGCAAGAAAUGCAUAUCGAACAGAAAUGGCUCGCAGAAAAGCAGCUGGUGAAGUCAUCGAACUCGAAGAAUCUACACAAACUACCUCCAAGCCUCGUCUUGGCCGUGAUGGUAAACCCUGGCGUGGUCGCAAAAGAAGAGGAAGCGAUGAUGUACAACGUGAUGCUCUUGUCGAUGCCAUUCUUCAUGAAAAUCGUCUCGAUAUUUAUGAGCCCGUACCCUCGAGUAAGGAAAUGAAUCACACGACAGGAUUGGCCAAUGAUGAAAUGGUAGCAGAAUCAUUCCGCAAGGAUUGGGAAGAAGCUAGUUCUCAUGCAUCUUUGCAGAGACAACAACAGAUCUCUGAAAAGGCAGCGAAGGAUAAGAAGAAGGGAGCUCAGGAUAAGACAGAGGAGGAAUUGUAUAUGAAAGGACCGAAGUUGGGUGGAAGUAGGAGUGCUAGAGCUGCGAUGAGGGAAUCGAUGUUGAAGGGGAAGGCGGUAAAGAGGUAGAGGUAUAGAAGGGAUUAGAUUGGGUUAAAAUGGAUGGGAAAGGAUCAUCAGUGGUUUCAAGUGAUUGCUUCGCAGGGCGCGAAAAGGAAAAUCGAAGAGGGGAAUAACUUGGUGUACAUUCACGUAAAGGUCACGAAUUUGCAAGUGCCUCAAUAUUUCUGAUUAGCUCGCUAUGUAUUAUCAUCUCUAUUUGCAACCUUCUACUCUCCAGUCGGCUGAGUUUAUUAGUAUGAAUAAUAUUCAUAUCUAUCACCUUUCCUUUUUUGGAAAUAAAACAAAUGCAAUUUCAUAGGUCGACA